AUGAAGAUGAUGGCUUUCAUGAAGAUGCUUUGUGGGAUGAUCCUUCUGAAGCUUGGGCGGCCAACUUUCGCUUUCAGCAUCACCGCUGGCUCCCUCAAGCUGAAUGGCCGGCUGCAUUCACCCAAGGCGGCCGCGUAUGUGGCUGAGGCCUUGUCCGAGCAUUUGGAUGACAUGAUCGUAUGGUUUGAGACCGACACUGGCCUCGCAGACGCUCUCUGGACAGAUGUGGCUGCGCGCGUCUCUGCUCGAGGCUACCACUGCAAUGCAAAAACGGGACAGUCUCCUGCUCGACCGUACUACGGCAUUGGUCUGAAUGGCCCGAAGUAUGGGGUCCACGCACUGCUGAUUUGCACGCGACGCCCGGUGCUGCAGCAAAACCAUUCGGCGCAGCCCAGGCUCUGUUGCGUCUCGAAGCAGAAGCCGAACAAGGCAGCGCUCAUGCAGACCGUCUCGAUCUCGGUUCAUGGGCAAGAAGUGGACUUGGCUGUGGUUGGGGCGGGCUUGGACUCCCACGAUGCACCCAAGGAGGACCAGGUCAAACGCUUGAUGCGGCACGUCCUCAAGCGGAGUUUGGAGGCUCAGGAGCGGAACAGAACCUUCCAGGCAAUCCUGGUAGGAGAUCUGAACGAACGCUUGGUACUGAAAGAGGACGAUGGAUUCCAGGUGCAGUGGUUCCACAGGGGCCGGACGAAGGUUGGCCAACUGUCGGACAAGAGCCAGGUGCUUCUGCGUCACAUGCUCAGCAGUGGAUCCGGACGCCGGAAGCUGCUGCUCUGGCACCGAAGCUUCUUCGACGGCCUCGCGGCCGGGCGGGUGCGGCUGCGCCCAGCCCAGGAGCGCAUCUCCAGCCAUUUCUUCCUGCAAACUGACUGGUGGCGGGACCGCUGGAUGGAGCCUGCACCGGUCACCUACAAGUACACUCCCUGGGAACAGGUGGUCUCCCAGGAAGCGCAGCAGCGCGUGACCGAGAAUUUGCGGAACAGUUCUAUGACGCAGCAGUACGUGGUGACCGCCGAUGAGAUCGUUCAUGCCUUGAGGGCCUCGGGUGAGUCGGAGCAGUGCCUGGAGCCCUCAAAGAUGAUUGGCUUGUUUGGCAUGACGGACAAGAUUCCGAAGGUGAAGCCGAUGCAGGAAGUGGAUCAGGCCCAGAGCUAUUUGAACUACGACCGCCACGGGCGCCCCGUCUACCUGGCCUUUGGCUGGCUGGAUUCCGUGGGCUUCUUGAAGGUGAACCGCUCCUGCCCCAACUUGGAGCCCGCGCGCUUCCUGGACUUCACCACCGAUUUCCACCUCCGUGCCGCAGACCACGCGCUCACCUUCGGCCGCCUCGAGCUGGGCCCCAAUGCCUUGGAAGACAACGGCAACCGCGACUUCACGGUGGUCAUGGCCUCCGACGUGCAGCUCCCCUGGGGAAGCUGCACUGAUCAGAAGAACAGCGACGAGGGGGUGAAGUGCGCCAUCAAGGAGAACUACCGCCUGGUGCAGGGCAUCCAUGAGGUCCAGGAACGACUCGAGUGGAAGGUCGGCCCAAAGGACCAAGUGAACAAGCCUUUGGGCGUCUUCAUCGCAGGUGACUUGACCUCCUACGGGCGUCCGUGGCAGUUCAACUUGUAUCGCCAGAUUUGGGAGACCAGGAAGAAGGAAUCCAAGGACAAGAACAUCAAGCUCGGUGUUUGGCCGAGUUUGGGGAACCACGACUACUUCAACAACGUGCAGAGUUGCCAUGACUUUGCGCUGAGAGAGGAGGAGACCUGGGGCCCUUACCUGUCACAGAGCUGUGCGCAACGCAUGGUGGCCUACAUCCGGGCCUCGGUGGCCGGCUGCGGCGGGAAAACGGUCAACCCCAACUUCGGAGGCCAUGUGGACCACUAUGAGAAGAAGUCGGCGGGCUACGCUGUGAAGUACGGCCGAAUCCGCUUCGCGGUUCUGCACAAUUAUCCCACCUACCGUCGUGAAGAGCUGGUGGGUGUGGCCUCCACCAUGGGCUUUCUGGAGGAUCAGAUUGCAUUGGCCGAGCAGAACGAUGAGUACUUGGUGCUCGUGAUGCAUGACGGAACCAACCAUUUCGGCUACCAGCACUGGUUCAAGCAGGUGGAGCGUUACGACUAUUACUCCAAAGUGAUGACGGGCUCCCGCACCAUCGCAGUCUUCCAGGGGCAUUUGCAUCCCCAGGGUGGCAUGAAAGAAUACGUGCGGGACUCCCGGGAGCGCACGGACGGACAAACCUCCAACACGCCCAUCUACAACGCGUGGGGCGAGCCCAUUCCGCUGGUCCUCAACUGGGCGGCAGAGUAUGAGCGCUUUAUUCUGACGCAGUUCAACAUUGCGGAGUGCUAUUGGCGCUAUGGCUCCGUCUGGGUGGGUCACGAUGAGCGGCAGACGGAGUUCUUCGAGCCGAGCUACAGCAGGCACCAGCAGAUCUUCGUGCUUCCCAACUGCACGGUGGAUCCCAACUACACCUGGUCUCCGCCCACGACCACGGUCUUUGAGGGUCAGGGGGAAAUCUCCAGUGCGCGCUGGUCGUUCAACAGCCUAGCGGCCUUAGCGUCGCUGGUGGUGGUUUGGGCCUUCUUUGGUGUCUAA